AUGCGUGCUGUUCUUGAGGAGAAUCCGGGCAUGCGUUUUCCCAGGCCUGACAUGCGCAAUUUGCAGAUGGCAGAUCAACAGGCAGAGCCUUUUUCCCUUCCAUUGGCUGUGGUGCCUAGGCCCAGGCCUGCGGCUGAGACAAACUUUCGAGGGCCAAGUCACCCAGCUGAUGCUGCAAAUGUGGCGUUGGCAGAUGAGCCUUUUUCCCUGCCCUUGGUUGGGGUGUCUAGGGCCAGAAAAGACAGAGCUGCGACAGGUCUCAGCCGUGUGCAGAGUUCAGCACCAAGUGAAGGAUGCCCCACAGUCACAACUCUGCUAAAUCAAGCAGGUGCGCCAUUGCUUCAGAAAGUGUUGGCAUUUUUGGCUGCAUCACAUGUUGUUGAGAAGCAAAGCACUGGUGGUCUUGCAGGGGCCAUUGCUCAAGCGCUGGAAGAGGACAGCUGCACUGCUGCGGUCAAGUUCGAAGAAGCCGCCGACAACACUGACAAGGCAAGUCUGCUCUUAGUGUUGCAGCAGUCGUUUCGUGAUCCAGUAUGCCAUCUCAAGAGUCUCUCGGCAUUAGCCGCUGACCUGAAUCUUGCGCGGUCGACGCUUUCACGGAACAAACAGGCAGUGGCAUGUGGGAUCAGCAUGGCCAUCAGUGUUUCAUGGGGGUGCUGUUUGUCUCGUGUGAGACAUGCAAUCGACAGCAAGGUGUUGAAGAGACAUUUGCUCGUGAAGAAGCGAGUCUUCGACGAGACACCGUUUCGGAUGCGUGUCAAGAAGUGGCAGCCGCAGCAGCAACAGCAGCAGCAGCAGCAGCAGCCAAAAAGUGUUGUGGCAAAAACACUGCAAACACGCUUCUCACUUGGCAUGUUGCUGGAGCACGUCCCGACAAAGUCGAUGAUAUUCCUACACGGCUUGGUAGUCACCCCUCUCCAGGUGGUAGAGCGAACGAAAGCUGAAGAUCUUUUCCGGGCACAGACAGCAGUGGAGAGAUUGGUGCCGGGUUUAGACAAGGCGGCCAAGGAUUUUGAGACAACCGUGCAGUUGGUGACCACAGAUCGCUAUUCAGCGAACAACGUCUGUGAACAAGCCAUGACCUUCGCGAGUGAGGGGCAGGCGCGGAUGCACUUUUGGUGCGAUGUGCACCGCCUCAGCACUUGCAAAACAUGGCAGCUGGCCACAGUCGAUUCUCAUAUCAGUGCCAUGAUCAGCCUGUCGUUGUUGAUGAGAGAAUGUGGAGCUUUGGAGAAGCUUCAUGGCUGCAUGAAGGAAGUUGUCCAACAGCGGCUGACUGUUGAUUAUGGCACUCCUCCAGCUGGCCAAGUACAGGAGCACCGAGAAGCAGUGUUGAACUUGCUGUUGGGGCCGGGCUCAAACCUCACCAAGAAGCUUGGAUUCAUAUCAGAGGACUCCCUGACUGUUAAAAGAGCGCGGCAACGGGCCGUAUUGACUUUGCUCUGCAAUGGGGAUUGGGAGUCUGAGAAGAUCGUGUAUUACAGCCCUCAGCCUGUGGAGAAGACUGAGGUCCUCAGGCUUUAUGAAAGGAUGGUGAUACCGUCCUUGCUCCCUGCUGCAAUCAGCCUGUUCCCAAGGCAUCGCUGGCAUGGGGGAGAGGUAAGCAUCGAUGAGACAGCUCUCCUGUUUGCAGUUCACAAUAUAGGAGGCCAAGCUUUGCAGUUGUUUCUCGGUGGUAGGUCCUCACCUGCAGCAGGAUUUCAAGCCGGGCAAAGCGAUGAGGACGACGGUCGUGGCGUUGGCGAGAUUCCUCUGGACCCAGAGGUUCCUGAGCCUUCCACGGAGGACAAAGACCCUGGAGAGCUGCCUGUCGUAGAGGACUGCUUGCCAGAAGGUGCACCUGCAGAUUCCGUGCAAGGCCAAGGCCAGGGUCCAGGCCCACAAGAUGCAGCUGCACAGGCUACAGUUGCAUCUGGGGAGGCAAUGCCGAAUUGGAAAGAAUUGAAACUGUCGAUGAAGCGUAUGGUGCUGGCAUGGAUCAAAACCAAGCCUGGCGCAGUCUUGAUUCUCACACGUGCCACCAUGCAAGCGGGUGUCCAGCUUAUGAGGAAAAUGCUGCAUUUGGCCAGUUUGGCAUGGGAAAAGACGCAACAGCUGGAAGCCAGUCGGGGCAGGCCACGAAGCUACCGAGUCCUCGAAGCAUGGCACAAUGAGGAUGUGAAGUCAGCGUUUCAGAGCUUGCGAGAUUGCUUUCAUAGCCCACUCCCGGCUUUGCCAUUGACAGCUCGCAUAAAUUCAGUCAAGGUCCUUGGGUUCCGUUUACUCGCACGUCUCGCUGGAGCCCUUCACCUGCUGCUAAGAGUUACUCGUGCUGGAUUCCCCCACAGGUUGUUCAGUUUGCUGCAGCCCGGUACAUCGCAAGAACGGCUGGAUCUUGCCGAAAAGCUGUUAUCGUCUCCUGCUUGCCUUUGGGAUCAUGCAACGAAACAAAUCUUGGAGAAAUUCCCAUCGCCUGAGAAGCUGACAAGCGCAGCUGCCACUGCAACCUUGCAGGCCCUCGCAUUGAUGGCCGAAAAUGACGUGGUGUCCAUCGAGACAAGGCACGCUGCAGCGAGGAGACUAUUGAUGGCAAGGCAACAAACGUGGAGCCCAGCCUUCUGUGACCUAGCAGCGGAGCAUCUUUGCAGGCAAGCCAGGGCAGAAAUGCAGGACGUGUUUCCCAGGGCAUUCGCCAAACGACAUCAGACAACGUCUAGAAAGAGGCGGAAGUUGCCCAAGAAAAGAAAACCUGCACGAAGAAGCAAGUUUGGCCGCUUGCAUUUGGACAGGGUGGAGAAGCGAGGUGGAGGUGCCCAGAGAGCUUUUUUCCAUGAGAAGCUUCAGCUGGCAACCAAGGAUGAUUGGAAAUCCAGGGGCCGUCUCUUUAGUAGACUCGGUGCCGAGUUCAAAGCUCUCACACCUGCGCAGCUGAAGCAUUACAAGGACUUGGGACAGAUGGGCACACUGGCGGCCCGGCAUGGUGGACGUCCCUUUGCGCCCCCAGGUAGAGACAGCCGCGCUGCAACAGAGCAGAGACUGGUUGCAGCCAGCGAGUUCGAGCAAAUGGCUCUCACAACAGUUCACGCUGCUGAACACAAGGCCAUGGCAGCGCAAAGGUUGCAUCUUUCGAUUUCUCGGGCCGAUGCAGUUGAACUUGAGCAGUACAAGUGUGAGCAUGCUCUCCAAAGUCAUGGACUGGUGGAUACUUUGCCUGCCUCAUAUCCGCCAGUGCAGCCAGAGCCUGGCAGUCUGCCUGCUGGGUACUUCUUUCCGGAUGCUGCUGCGCUUGAGAAGGAUGUUGCUGCUUGGGGCGGCCGCCGGUACCAUUUGAAUGAAAUGCUUCUGAAGGAAUGGACUUCUUUGACAGACAUGCCAGCCGAGGCUGCUUUUCCUCAGAACUUCAAGUCUGAAGCCGCUGGUACAGUUUGCCAAAAGUUCGGAAGGUGUGUUUGCACAAACAGGGAGGGUGCGGAGCAGGCGGAGGAUUCGUUACACUUGCACCAGAAGUUUGUUCGCUUAUUCAGGCCGUACAUCACUUUGAAGAAGCUGCCAAAACGUGAGUCUGAUGCACAGCCCCAGCCAAGCCCCAGCAAACAGAGCCGAAAGCCGCCGGCACGCGUUUUGCUUGACAAGUCUUUCUUGAUUUUGCGUUUUGUCCUGCCAGCCGAAGUGCAGCGGCAUCUGGAUGAACCCCAAAAGCCGGGAAUGCAUUAUGCCUGGAAAGCAGCCUUGGCCAACAUCACCUCAACCACCAGAUCCAAGCUGGAGCUUACAGAAGUCUGGCUUCAUGUUUGUUAUUGCAAUUUGCAGACGAUGAUGUUCGUUUUGCUGCGACUGGACAGGGAUGAUACUGUGACACACGACAGCUUGGGCAAUCCUGUCACGAGGCUGAGGGUUCCUUCUGAGCCAGAGGUCACGACCACUGUGGAGGCUUUUCAGAGCUGGUUGCGAUUGGAACUGGCCUGGAAUGUGUCGUUCUGGGGUAUCGACUCUUCCACAAAACCGAUUGAGGAUGAGCUUGUCACCCCCAACACAGUGGAUGUUCGGUUGUUACCAGAUGAACAGAUUCCUAUGCUGCAGGUGUGGUUGGGAAGCAGUACAGAGGCCAGGCUGCGUGAUGAGGCCGACCGGAGAGCAAAGAAGAGAACAACAGCUGGUGGUAGCAGGGGCCAGUCAUCCGCCGGUGGACACCAGUCAGCCAAGCGUCGCAAACUCCAGCCUGGCAUGGAACCUGAAGCCCUUGAGGAGCCUUUGCCAGAGGACGCGCAGGAUGAUCCUCUUCAGAGACAAGAUUGGAAUGAGGAGACAUUUGAAGAAGUAUUGCUGGAGGAACAAGAUAUCGAUGCCAAGCAGUCUUUCCUGAGACAUUAUGUGAAUGUUUUGGAGGCCAAGCAAGCUCGGGCGGAUGUAGCGCAGAAAGCCAAGCAACUGGCUUCAGGAAGUUCGGGCCUGCUGCGGGACGAGGUGUCCCAAUGGGUUGAGCCUUCUUCAUCUUCGUCUGCAAGGCCUCCGAAACCAGAUGCUGCCCGUCCAGGGCUCGAGGUACCCGCAGCUCCUGAGGCUGAGCCUCCAGAUCCGCCGGUCGAAGCUGCAAGACGAGAGGCUCGAGCAACACGCAAAAAAAAAGAAGUGAAAGAGGAGGUAAUCUGGAUCGUUCAUGGUGGUGUAUGCUAUGGGAGUUUGCGGUUCAACCCGAAGGGCAAACACAUCACUGCACACUGCGACACCGAGGGCCAUUGUGAGGAGCAGAGCUGUCGCAAAUAA